AGGUCUGGCGGGCGCUCCCCGCCUGCUGGGUGGAGUGUGAACCCGGGAGGCCACCGCGGACUCUGCACCCGCAGGUGUGUCGGUCUGGCCUCCCAGGGGAGCCGCUCAGCUCUUCUCAGCCGGCCCAUGGAAGGGGCCAAGCCCUCAUCCUCAGAAGAAGACCUGGAGCUCUCGGUGCUCCAGGAGCAGCGGGACGAGCAGACGCCUCUCAAUGGAGCCCUCCAGGUCCUGGCUGCUUCGGCCGACGACACCACCCCAGACCAGGCCAAGAAGGAAAAUCCCUGGAGCUCCUGCAAUAAGAAUUUGGUCGGCAAGUGUAAACUGUGGAUGGUCAUCACCUCCAUCUUCCUGGGUCUCAUUAUAGUGAUCAUCAUUGGUUUAUGUCUUAGUGGAGUAACUUAUAUUGAUGAAGAUGAAAAUGAAAUAUUUGAGUUAUCAUCAAACAAAACAUUCUUCAUCAUGCUCAAGAUUCCAGAAGAGUGCAUUACAGAAGAGGAAUUGCCUCACCUGCUCACUAAAAGGCUUGAAGAUGUGUACAGUAAAUCUCCAUCUCUGAGUCGUUAUUUCACUUCAGUUGAAAUAGUGGACUUCAGUGGUGAAAACGCCACAGCAACCUAUCACCUGCAGUUUGGGGUUCCGUGGGAAGAUGACGACUUUAUGAAGUACAUGAUGAGUGAGGAGCUUGUACUGGGAGUUUUGCUACAGGAUUUCUAUGAUCAGAGUGUACCUCAUUGUGAGAGUCUGGGGCUUGAUCCAGCAUCUCUCUUGCUCUAUGAGUGAAGUGGUUGAGGCUGGUCUGUGUCAGAAGGUGCUCCUCUGAGUUUUUGGAGAGAAAAGAACUCAUUCUCUUUUACAGGAAAGAUCCUGUGACAAUGACCAGACUGUCCUUCCUCCUGAUUCUGCACAGAUAGGAAGUCUGACUCCACACCCAGCAAGGCAGCUCCCAAGCGCUGACCCACUUGGGUCAAGUUUUGACAAAGCAGGAAGUCAGAUGGGUGGGAGGGUUGGGGG